AUUCAACAUUACUGAAGAUGGGAUGAGUUAAUUUAGCCUCUGAAUCAAAGGGAAGCCAAAAAAAAAAAAAAAAAAGCCGAUGAAGUUACUUUAUUUACUGUUUCUUCAUGGAUUCUUUGUGGGAUUUUCGUGUUCUUCAGGCGCAAGAAAUUUGGAAGAUAGUAUUUCUGUGUGUCCUUUGGAUAUGGAAAGGCUUCGUGAAGUUGUUUCUAAAUAUGCUACGGCUCUUCGGUUCACUGAAAUUCAAUCCGAGUGUAAGUCUCUUCUUCAAGGUUUUCGUAUUGUUCGAGCUGAUUACUUAAGCCGAACAGGGAGCUUUACGUUUCCAGCGAAUGAAUCUGCAUCUUGUUGGGAUGCUUAUGAAUCUCUUGUUGAUGGUUAUGUGAAAUCAUUUGGUGUCAGGGUCACCUGUGGGGUUCAAGAUCAGUGGAUUUCGGAUAGCUGUUUGAAUAUCUCCACGAAAUCGCAGUUCGAGGCGUUGAUUUCGAAACCGGAGUUGCAGGAAAUCACCAGUCAGUGUAAUCAGGACCUGAAUGAUAACUCUUCUUGUGCAACAUGUGUUGCUAGUUUGUCCAGGAUUGAAUCUGCUUAUUUUGAGGUCUCUGGAUCAUCUGAUAAUGUAUCUGAUUGUGAUGGUUUUCCGGAAAUGUAUGCUGCUGCUUUUGCUACCCGGUUUGGCCCUUUUGAUCUGGGCACAAUUAAGUGUCUGUUUUCUGUCUUCAACACUUCAGAUCCCAGGAUAUCUGAUAUCAAGCAUAAUACUGGUCACAGAGGAGUACUAAUCGGCUCUGUUAUCGCGUCGUUGGUGGGCAUUAUUGUAGUGAUUUGGCUUUUCUGGUGGCUGAUGACAAAUCAUUGCUGGAGAAGAGGAGGUGUUCAUUCUGAAAAGACAGCGAAUGCAGAGGAAUUAGCUUCUGGUUUUGAGAUGCUCACUGAAGGCAUUACCUUGCUCAGAUUCAGCAUCGAGGAACUGAGACUGGCGACGGCGAACUUCUCCAGGGAGAACCUGAUUGGAAGAGGUGGAUAUGGGAAUGUGUUCAAAGGGAUUUUAAAGGAUGGCUCUGAAGUUGCAUUGAAAAGGUUUAAGAAUUGUUCUGUUUCCGGGGAAGAAAUUUUUGCUCAUGAAGUACAGGUCAUUGCCAGCGUCCGGCAUGUAAAUCUAGUAGCUUUAAGGGGCUAUUGCACCGUGACAACACCUCUAGAAGGCCACCAGAGAAUCAUUGUAUGUGAUUAUAUCCGAAAUGGAAGCCUACAUGAUCACCUCUUUUCUGAUAUGAUGACAGCCGAAAAGCUAAGCUGGCCUAUUCGCCGGAAAAUUGCUCUAGGAAUAGCUCGCGGUCUUGCUUACCUACAUAAUGGCGUAACACCGCCCAUUAUACAUAGGGAUGUCAAAGCAAGCAACAUUCUGCUAGAUGAAGCUUUUGAGCCGAAAUUAGCAGAUUUCGGCCUGGCGAAAUUCACUCCCGAUGGAUUUUCACAUGUUAGCACCAGGGUUGCUGGUACUUUAGGCUAUGUGUGCCCUGAAUACGCAUUAUAUGGCCGACUGAGCGAGAAAAGUGAUGUCUACAGCUUUGGAGUGGUAUUUCUUGAGCUCCUGAGUGGGAAGAAGGCAGUGAUUUCGUUUAGCAAUAAUCAAGCUGAGCUCUUGACAGAUUUGGCUUGGUCAUUAGUGAAGCAAGGUCGAGCAAUGGAUAUUCUAGAUGGAAACCUGCUUAGUGAUCAGACUGAAUAUUCACAUGAAAUGGAGAAGCAUCUUGUUGCCGCUAUUCUCUCAGUUCAUCCUCUCUUGAAUGCCAGGCCGACAAUGAAUCACAUUGUGAAUAUGUUGGAAUCUGAUCAAUUAGGAAUAGUUCCUCCUCUGUCUUCAAUUCCUGAUUUUGCUUAUGCCACCGAAACUGCUGAAAUUCAUAGGCUACUUUCUUCCCCUAGAACGGAUACUACAUUCAGUUCUCAAAGCCAGGAUUACGCUUCUGGAUCCAGGGAAAGUGAAGAAGCUCCAUUAACAAGCACAGAUCACUGUAUCAGAGAACUAUGAUAAGCCAAAUACUUUCAUUUUGACAAUUUUAUCACUCCUUAUACCCUUUUGUACAUAUACUAGAUGUUGACUUGACUUUAGCAGGUUGAGAGUCAGGAUUGUAUCUUCCAGUAGAUUGUAUAGCACGUCCUAUUAAUGUAACGGCGUUAUUUCUUUGACGUUAAUAAAUUUUAAGUUAGGAUACAAUAUGAUACUUAGUAAUAUGUAUAUAUAUAUAUAUAUCUCCAGCUUAUAACAGAA